CAAUAUUUAAUAUUAUUUGGUUAAUGAAUGCGAAGAAACCACACACAAAUAUGACCGAAUUUGGCGAUAUAGUUCGUGACCACAGAUAUACUCAAAAUUGAAUAAGUACAUAAACCAAAACUACUUCCUCUGCGACGAACUAUAUGGUUAAUGGACGCUGCCUAAGUAACGCAGACACAAACCAUUUUAUAGCCCAGACGCAUGACAAAUGAUAGCCCUUGGCACAGCAUGAAGUAUAUUCUAAAUAAAUGAAAUUACAGAAUGGAGAAAUCAGAAACACGCACUGUUAAUGGAGGACGUGUUUGCAGUCGGUCGGCGAUUACCGUAGGAUGCACUAAUUUGUGCAGGACUUAUCAAUGCAGCACUAAAAAGAGCAGAGCUAAGAGAGAAACGGCUUUUGGUACACAUUCGAUGGGUUUAGUAAAAAAACUGCUUUGGCGGAGGUUAUCGUUAAUUCUCAACUUGUCAAAGUCUCCAAAUAUCCUCUCUAUUCAAAUUAUAACUUUACUUUAUAUUAUUCAACCAGCAUGCAGCCAACAUCACUCUUUAGUAAACACACCUCCUAUACUGUAUGUGCCGGAGAGAAAUUGGAGAAUAGAAGAGACAGAGAAAGUAGGCCAAAUAAUUACACGAAUUCGAGCUGAAGACCCAGAAAACGAUGAUUUAGUUUUUGGCCUUGAACCUCAUUUCCUCUCGAACGACAACAAUAUUGGUACCAAAAAAUUGCCGUUCCGUAUUGACCCACUAAGAGGAAUUGUUUAUUUGAACGAUAGUUUGGUUGGACGAGGCGGUGAAAAUUUUUUUCUUUACAUUACGGUCUCCGACGGCGACUUAACUGCUAAAAAUGAAGUUUUCGUUAAUAUUCUCGCAAAGAGUAAGGAUGGGCUUUCAAAUUUUCAAACUCCGCCAUCCGUUACUCGUGUUAUACAAAAUAUAUCACAAAUUCUACCACCUUUUGAUACUUUACCAGGUGUACAAUCAGUGAGGAAUAAAUAUCCGAAUGAGCGUCCAAUUAGUUCCUUAUCCGCAAACUCCAAAUUAAAUCACGGUAUCUUUACACAUAAUAGUCCACAAUUUCCACACUGGCCUAUCUCUAGUCCUUCAAAUCAAGGCAGUAACGACAUCGAAUAUGAACAAACUACACCAGCUGUUACUCCAAUGCCUACAUUAACUACAAUAAAUCCUAUAUCUUCGACAGGACGUAUCCGAUUAACACUCAUUAAAAAUGAAGACUUCAAUGACGAAGUAUCUGAUUUAAACAAAAACAAUACUAAGGAACUCAGUAAUCGAAUAGGGCCUUCGAAUAAGGAGCCUUCUCCUCCUCCGCAAAUAAAAAAUGGUACGGUAUACGAUAAAGACGGUACUAAAUACUCAUUUGAUGGAAAUUCGCAUGAUAACUAUUCCACAAACGCCGUCGUCAUUCCGGUUAUAAUUAUUUCUUGUGGCAUAUUUUUUGCGGGUGCUGGUUUCUUCGGGUUUUUGUAUAGAAAACGUUUGUGUGCUAUUAGUAAGAAAUUGAAAAAUAAUUCUAAAGAGGAGAUGUCUAAAAAGUCUAACCAGAGCAACCUAAGCAGCAAUUUAACUGAUGACAGCAGAAACUCAAUGGUAAUGCAGCAUUGGAGCGGACCUACGGCAUUCAACAACCGUUAUGUGCCAUGGGAAAGAGAUCAACAGCAGAAUGGUUCGGCAACCUUCCAACCACCAAAUGGUGACACCAAUUUUGGAAUUCAUGCUGGCGAAGCUAAUGUGCCAAUCAGCAUAGGUGGAUUAUCUAAUAAUGCUAACACUGUUGUGGGAAUUCCCGGAAAUGGAAUCGCUGCCAAUAGUGUUGAGAUGGACAACAUUGCUGGUAAUGUUAAAUCCCGAUGGGAAUAUCCGCGGCACAAACUCAAAUUCUUUAAUAUAUUGGGAGAGGGAGCUUUUGGUCAAGUUUGGCGUUGCGAAGCGAUCGACAUCGAUGGCAUCGAGGGCGUUACUACCGUAGCUGUAAAAACGUUGAAAGAAAACGCUACUGAAAUCGAGAAAAAAGAUCUAAUGAGUGAAAUUGAGGUCAUGAAGUCACUAAAGCCACACAUUAAUGUUGUUCGGUUACUUGGGUGCUGCACAGACAAGGAUCCAAUUUUUGCUAUUAUGGAGUUCGUGAAUUGCGGAAAAUUGCAAACAUAUCUUAGGAAUUCACGUGCUGAAAGACAUUAUGGCAAUACCCACGGGAAGUCUAAAACUCUUACAUCAGCUGAUCUGACGUCUUUCAUGUAUCAAGUUGCCAAAGGUAUGGAUUAUCUGACAUCUCGAGGGAUAAUUCAUAGAGAUCUGGCUGCAAGAAACAUUCUCAUAACCGAGGAUCAUACGUGCAAGGUGGCAGACUUUGGUUUUGCUCGUGACGUCAUUACUUCUAAAAUAUACGAGCGGAAAAGUGAAGGAAAAUUGCCAAUAAGAUGGAUGGCUAUAGAAUCGCUAUAUGACAAUGUAUUCUCCCUGAAAUCUGAUAUUUGGAGUUUCGGUGUACUGAUGUGGGAAAUUGUCACUUUAGGGUCAACACCAUAUCCUGGCAUAUCCGCUUCUGAUGUCAUGCGUAAGGUACGAGAUGGAUACCGUCUUGAAAAACCGGAUCACUGUCGUCGUGAACUCUACAAUAUUAUGUAUUACUGCUGGUCAAGUGAUGCUGGUGACCGCCCGACAUUUUUAGAACUAGUUCAGAUGUUAGAUAAAUUGUUAUAUUCUGAAAUGGAUUAUAUCGAAUUGGAGCGUUUCCCCGACCAUAACUAUUAUAAUAUUUUAAAUUUAAGUGGUGAAAAACUUUGAAGAGACCUUAUAUGUUACAUAAUUUAUUAAAAUUAACAUCCAAAAAUAUUAUACAAGGCAUUAUUUACACAACAAGAACAAAAAAAUGUUUAUUAUAGACUUAAUUUGAGACACUCUAAAAACCGAAACCAACAAUAAUUUUGUUAACGAUUGAAAUGUUAAUGUUGAUUCUUAAACUCGCCAACUUAUACGAUAAGCAAUGAUAGGUAUGACUAAAAUGCCAAAAAGGACACUUUCAUGUCUGAAAUUAAAUCUAUUAUGUUUGUAUUUAUUCAUUUAUUAUUCCUUUGAAGUAAUUCAAUCCAGUAUCGUAAUAUAAAUGCUGAAAAAAUUUUAAACUUA